AUGCGGUUAAUGCAGCGGGGCUUGUUGUACCUCAUGUGCAGCGGGGCACCCGCCUUUGGUUCUUCUCCCCCACCUCUGGUUCUUCUAGGCACGGGAGUGUACGUCUGCAACGGCGCCAAUCCCUGCUUCGAGCCGGCGGCAGGGAACCACCUGUUCGAUGGCGACGGCAUGGUGCACGCGGUCCGCAUCCGGAACGGCGCCGCGGAGUCCUACGCCUGCUGGUUCACCAAGACGGCGCGGCUCCGGCAGGAGCGCGCCCUGGGAAGGGCCGUCUUCCCCAAGGCCAUCGGCGAGCUGCACGGCCACUCCGGCAUCGUGCGCCUGGCGCUCUUCUACGCGCGCGGACUCUGUGGCCUCGUCGACCCGUCCCGUGGCAUGGGUGUGGCCAACGCGGGGCUCGUCUACUUCAACUGCCGACUCCUCACCAUGUCUGAGGACGACCUCCCGUACCAGGUGCGCGUCACCGCCGAUGGCGACCUCCGCACCAUGGGGCGGUACGACUUCGAUGGGCAGCUCGCCGGGUGCGCGUCCAUGAUCGCGCACCUGAAGCUGGACCCGGUGUCCGACGAGCUGUUCGCGCUCAGCUACGACGUCCACUGUCCCGUGUCCCCUACGGCUUCCAUGGCACUUUCAUCGGCGAACGGGAGCUGGAGGCCCAGGCCUGAUGAUGACCCUGCGCCCCAGCGGCUAGGCCCCAACACCACAUCUCCGGUGGCACCAAUUUAUAACCCAACUCCUCGACUAUAUAAGGCAGUAAGCAGUGUCACAAAGUUCCUGGCUAGAAUUGAUACAAAAACAUGA